AUGAAGUCUGAUGUUUGUCCUCAUGAUCGACAAAAUUAUUCUUCUUGUUUAAAAAUAACUUCGAAUGAUGUUUUGAAUUUACUAAAUCGAAGAGAUACAAAAGCUACCUUUGUUUAUUUAUCUAUACUAAAGUUAAUUAUUCUUACUUAUGUUAAAAAAGAUACUGAUAUUCUUGCUCGUUUGUACUAUGGUUGGAUCGUUGUGUUUUCAUAUCGAAUGGGGUGGAGUAGUCUUAGAAUCGAACAAAGUCUUUCUCAAGUAGAAAAAGAUAAUUAUUUUAUCACAAGAGCAGCUUGGUUCUCAUCGGAAAUCAAUAUACACUGCUUAACAUCUAUAAUAAUAUUAGUAUCUUCCGGAUAUUUACCAGUCUAUGCACUAAAUGUACAUCUUUUCAGUAGUCAACCCUGCGAAGCAACAUUUCGUAGUGCUCGAUCAUUAAAUGGUGCUUUUUCAUCAAUAACAAACUUCUCAAUGUUUGAAUUUAUGAGUAAAAUUGAAAAAAUUUCAAUUUUAAAUAAAAUUAAAUCUACAGAAGAAUCGACUGAUGCAACAUAUUCAAUUAAAUUUCCAAUUCAUCAUCAAAAUCGACGUGAUGAACCAUUUACAGCUACAAGCACGCAAAAUUCACCACCAAUAACAAUAACUGAUAUCGAAAAAAUAGUCAUCAAAGCAUAUCAACAAGCCGAGUUAAUUAUGAAUGAGUUGCAGUUAACAGAAACAUUAAAGAAAAAUGGUUUAAAUGAUUUUAAAAAACUGAGCUCGUUUGUGUUUCAAGAACUCAAUGAACGAUCAGUUGUUGAUUAUUCGUUUGUGAAUGACGAUGAUAUUGAAGAAAGUUCAGAUGAUGAACCUUGUGAUGAUAAUGAUAACACGAAUGUACAUCAUAUAAUAACUUCAAAAGAAACAUUUCAAGGAAUGAAAAUUUAUGAACAAUUUGAUCCAUCAAAAAAGCAUCAUUAUUUUUCAAUUUUCAUUAAUAACAAACAAAAAUUUAUUCACAAGCAAACAGCAGCACAUCUAUUAACUAAAAACAAAAAUUCUUUAUCAUCUAGUAGGCUAUCACAAGUUCAACAAACCAAUAAACAACAAUAA